ACCCUUUACAUCACUUAACCCCACUUACUCACUAAACUAACCAUCAUUAUUCAUCUUCAAUCUCCAUUUUCAAAAAUCUCCCCUCCCACCCAAAAGAUAAAAAUAAAAAUUAAAGUUUGUGUGGCUAUUUUUUGAAAAUGGAUUUUUUUAACAGAUGUUCAACUUCAUCUUCAUCAUCAGAAUCAUCUUCAUCAGAAUCUUCGCUUUCGGGUAAAAACCCGAAUAAAUCUGAGAGAAUAAAGGGACCAUGGAGCGCUGAAGAAGAUAAAAUUUUAACGAAACUUGUUGAGCGAUACGGGGCUAGGAAUUGGUCUUUGAUUAGUAAAUACAUAAAGGGUAGGUCCGGCAAAUCAUGCCGGCUCCGGUGGUGUAAUCAAUUAAGUCCUAAUGUUGAACACCGGCCGUUUUCUCCGGCGGAGGAUGAGGCUAUUUUGGCUGCUCAUGCCAAAUAUGGGAAUCGAUGGGCUACCAUUGCCCGAUUACUUCCGGGUCGGACCGAUAAUGCGGUUAAAAAUCACUGGAAUUCGACAUUAAAGAGGCGUUAUCAGCAAUUACUUCAGCAACAACAGCAGCAAAAUAAGAACCCGAUGGGUUCUUCUGAUGUGAAAAUGAAUGGGUCCGCAUCCGGAUCCGGAUCUGGAUUCGGGUUGUGUGCUGAUGAGAGUCCAAAAGGGAAUUAUAAUAAUAAUAAUUACGCUGUUAUGAAUAAUUGUAGCGGUGAAUUUGAUGACCCGAUGACGACUUUGUCUCUUGCCCCGCCGGGAAUGGGCGGAGAUGAGUUGCCGGAGAGGAAAACGGAGAGUUUUCCGGCGGGAUUUUGGGAUGUGAUGAGGGGUGUUAUUGCUAGAGAAGUGAGGGAAUAUGUUGCUUCUACGGGGUUUCCUAAUUAGCACUUAAAAAAACCAAAAAGUAAAAAAAAGGUGGUGUAAUUGUUUGUUAUUAAUUUGUCAAUUUUAAAGUUGGCUUUAAGCUUUGAUAAUCACUUUUUGAUUGUUGAUAAAUAUGCUUAUAAAUUGAUUAAUUACAUGUUAAAUAUGUUUUGGAAGCUUAA